GCAAAACACUGCGAGUGAACAACAGACUGUGGUACGUGUGGAAGUCAACAACACAAAUCUCCCCCCUCACACCCUCUAUAUCCUCUUGAUUUUCAACCCACUAUACAUCUGUGCUGGCCUAUCAUCAUGGAUCCUAUACAAGUGGUGGUCAAGCACCAAGGCAAGCGAUAUGAUGUCGAGCUCGAUCCUACAUCCAAUGGAGAGACCUUCAAAUACCAGCUCUACUCCCUCACCGGCGUGGAGCCAGAGCGCCAGAAGAUCCUGAUCAAAGGCGGCCAAAUGAAGGAUGAUACCGACCUGGGGAAACUCGGUGUCAAACCUGGACAUGCCUUCAUGAUGAUGGGCACGCCUGCGGCCGGUUCAGCAGCCUUGGAGAGGCCGAAGGAAAAGAUCAAGUUCCUAGAGGAUAUGACUGAAGCCGAAGCGGCUCAGUCCGAAGGAGCGAUCCCGGCGGGUCUGCAGAACCUAGGCAAUACAUGCUACAUGAAUGCGACGCUCCAGACACUGAGGGCGAUCCCCGAACUGCAAGAACAACUCGCUACUUAUAAGCCUGGCGCUAGUACUGGGCCCGAUCUCCGUCAAUUUACCCUUGGCGGCAGUUCGUCCGCUGCUUCCCUCGAUCUUAUCGCCUCCCUUCGCGACCUGUUCAAGCAACUGUCCGAGACGCAAGUGGGAUUCCCUCCGCUCGUGUUCCUCAGCGCACUACGAUCGGCAUACCCUCAGUUCGCUCAGAAAUCGAAAGAUGGACAUGGCUACGCUCAACAGGACGCCGAAGAAGCAUGGUCACAGAUUGUUUCACAGCUGAAGGAGAAAGUGACGAUAUCUGGCCUGACUGAUGGAUCCGACGCAGGGUCCAAGGCCGCGCAAUCAUGGGUGGAUACAUACAUGUCAGGCCAGUUCGAAUCGACCAUGGAGUGCUCCGAGCCGGCCGCGAAGGACGGUGGAGAGGAAUCCGUUCAUAGCCAGGAUCGAUUCUACAAGCUGAACUGCCACAUCAAUGCCGAUACGAACCAUUUGCGGGAUGGUCUCGCGGCCGGUCUCACCGAGCAGAUCGAGAAGCGCUCGGAAGUGCUGGGGCGGGAUGCGGUCUACAACAAAACCUCCCGCGUCAUGCGGCUGCCGAAGUAUCUCACCGUUCAUUUCGUGCGCUUCGACUGGCGACGGACGACGGGGAAGAAAGCCAAGAUCAUGCGGAAAGUGACGUUCCAGCAUGAGCUGGAUGCCGUGGAGUACUGCACGGAUGACCUGAAGAAGCUCUUGAUCCCGGUCCGAGAUAAGAUCCGGGAGAUUAGGAAGGAGGAGGAGGAUGUCGAGCGGUCACGGAAGCGGAGAAAGCGAACGAAGGAGGGCGAGGAGCCGGAUACGCUACCUGAGGGUUCCGCAACGAAACCGUCCCAGGACGCGAAGAAGGACACGAAGAAGGACGCGAAGAAGGACGCGAAGAAGGACAAAGUAGCAUCCGAGGAUACGGAAAUGACUGACGUUCAAUACAAGAGCGAUGCCGAAUUCGAAGCGGAGAAAGCUGCUUCGAUUCUGAACGCCAAGAAGGAGCUCCUUGCGCUGGUCGAUGAGAAGCUCAUCGCCGAUGAGGGCGGAAAUCACACCGGCCUGUACGAGCUUCGAGGCGUUGUCACGCAUCAAGGCGCCAGUGCCGACAGCGGGCAUUACACCGCCUUCGUCAAGAAAGCCGGCCGGAAAGAUCCCGCGACCGGAAAGACGCAGGAAGAGGACGGGAACUGGUGGUGGUUCAACGAUGAUAAGGUCUCCGAGGUCGACGCGGAGAAGAUCGAGACGCUCUCGGGUGGCGGCCAAAGCCAUUCCGCCCUUAUCCUCCUGUAUCGCGCCGUGCCACUGCCCUCGGUCAGCGAAGAGACAGGCGCCGCACCAGCCGAAGCAAAAUGA